GGUGGAGUUCUUUCCUGAAUGCAUAUACAGUAAUGGGCAUACAACUAACUCUAUUGUUUAAAUGUUUCUUGGCAGCCUACUGUUGUUAUUUACUUGAAACAUUAUUUUAGUGGGAUGAAUCUGCCUGCUGUAUGAAUUGUGAAGUUGCAGAUAUGUCCAGUGAAACUGAUUCUGGAGGUCGACCUUCAGCAACGACUGUUAGUACAGUAGCUGUCCAAACAGGAGACUCAAGAAUUGUAGUAGCUAUACUAAAGUCUGGAACAUGUGUGGAACUUCAGCUUGUUGAAUCAAAACCAAAUCUACUUGAAAUUGGCAGUAAUCUGGAUGAAACCAAGAAAUUACUCAACGAACAUGAAAUACUUCUGGUUAAACUAAAGGCCCAUGAAGAAGGUGUUAAGGAUUUGCUUCAUGAAGCUGACAAAACAGCAGAGGCCCAUAAAGACCAGAGUCAAUUGUAUGAUGAGAUGGGAAAAACUCUGGGAGAGAACUGGACAGCCCUCAACCAACUGCUUGAAAAUCGCAAGAAACUUUUAAAAUUGGCUUCUGAAUUCUUUGAUCAUGCUUUGGAGUUUGCUAUAAAAAUUGAUGAAGCUGAAGAUUUUCUGAACAGUGCUCAGAUACUUGAGGACCUGGAAUCAUUAAAGCAACUUCUUUAUCAUCAUCAACAUGUUAAGAAAGUUCUUUUAACAAACUCAAUGGUUCUUCUUAACAAAAGUCAAGAACUUGUCACCAUAAUCAAAGAGUUUAAGGCACCUGGAUCUAAAAUAAAUUCUGAAUUAAUUCAUGGGGCUCAGAGCAGCCGCAUGAAAAUUGAGAAUCUAAUGGAAAUGCUGCAGGACAGGAGGAGACAAUUGGAGGAGCAAUCCCAUUACCAGCGGUGCAGUCUGGAGCAGAUACUGCAAAUGUAUCGGUGGGAGCAGCAGGCAGAUGAGGUGAUACAGUGGUUCCAGCACCACGGUGAGAAGUAUUUACAGAAUGAACAACUGGGCUCCUCCCUGACUGAAAAUGAACAGCUGCUGCAAGAGCACCAAGAGCUUGAGAGGAAAGCCAAGGAAUUCACCUCUGUCAUUGAAAGAUUGAAAACUGAGGCUGAUGAGAUGAUGCUUAAUGCAGAGGUCACAGAAAAUGAACAGCUGGCGUUUCUAAAUCAGAAACUGAAGCCAAUGUGUGAGGAGUUCUGGCUCCUCAUGAAGGAUCGAGAAACAUUGCUUCAAGAGGCCCAUCAUUUUUUUGGCAGUGCAAAUACGGGGUUUGAUGUACUUGGAGGCAUAGAGAACCAGUUGAAACAACUCAAUUUUAAGGCUCUUGGUUUGCCAGAACUCGCUAAAGAACAUAAGAUUCUGUGCCAGGCAAUCGAGGAUGCAACUUCAGAUGCUCUACUGAAGGGACAAAUGCUCCUGAGUAAAGUUGACAUUCAGAGGGCUGUUGGAAUUCAGGAGAUGAUUGGCUACAUUCAACAGAGAGUAGGUCAACUGACUGAACAAUGCUUUGCUGAUAAGGAAUUAGCUUCAAAGAAACAGCAACUGGCUGCUUCAUUUGAUGAUCAUAUUGAAAAGGUCUCAGGAUAUCUUCAGGCAUGCAGAUCUCAACUUUCUAGUCAGUUGGAGCCUGGUUCCUGUCUUUCUGAAUCUGAAGAUGUUCUGAACAAAUACCUGGAACUGUCUGAUCAAAUCAAGGUGAUAGCAAAUGAAUUAAAACAUAUUGAAGACAUCAUUGUACAGGCAGAAACAUUUGAAGUCCCAGAAGUAAUAUCUUUUUCUGAAAAGCUUAUUACUCUGAAUGCCGAAUGGAAAGGAUUGUGUUGGAAUUUGAAUGCGCGAGUUGAACACUUACAGCAUUAUGUGUCCUUUCUGAAACAAGCUGAGGAGGUUGAAACAUCUAUGAAAAGCUUUGAAGAUUGUUACCAGUCUCCGACUAUAAAAGACAGCGAAGAAACUGCUAGGUCAGUGUUAGAACUUGCUGAUUCCAAAUGGCAAUUGGUCCUUAAGAACUUCCUUGUUCUCCAAGACCUGAUAUUCAACUUUAAGAGUGCAAUAAGCAUGAAGGAUGAAAAUUUGAAUUUAAACUUAAAAAAGUCAGUGACUGUACUCGACAAUACUAUUGAUCUAUUAGACAAGAGAAAAUUGAAUCUCACGGAACAGUGGACAAGUUGCCAACUUCAUUUAAACCAAAUUAAGUCAGUCAAAAAACAGUGGAAGAAAUUCAAAGAGGAGCUUAAAAAGAUAAUUCAUGGUUUGAAAAUGCUGGAAGAUGACCUUAUUCCAAAGUCUACUUUUGACCUUGGUUGCAAUCCUGAGGCGAUUAUGAAAUUGCACAAUAAGUUCAACAAAGUAAAACCACAAUUACAACAUUUGAAUGCUGAGGUGGAAUACAGAACAAAAACAGCUGAGCUUUGGACACUGAAAGGUGUUUCUACAAAGGAAAGAAAUGAAAAAAUGAUGGACUUCCUUAAACUUCAUCAUCAAGUAAACAAUAAAAUAAAAGAUUAUGAAAUGGUCCUACAAAUGGCAAUUAAAUUUCAUCAGACCAUGCAAGAGCUUGAGGAGAUGAUGAAGUCAGGAGAACUAGAAUAUCCUGAAACAUUAAUAAUCCCUGACGACAGCAAUCAAGCAAAGAUCCAACUCCGGCAACAUCAAGAAAAACAAACACACGUGUGCCAUUUGUAUAAAUUGUCCCUCACAUUAGCAAUGGACAUCAUCUCCAUUGCACAGAAUUCCAAAUUCAUUCAAACCUCAAUGGACUCUCUUCAGCAAAAACGGGAAGCUUUAGAGAGUGGGAAUGUUGAGUGGAGUGCGAAGGCACAUCAACAUGGAGAAGAAUUGGAAACAAUUUUGCAUCACUGUACCACAAAAGAAGAAAUAAGUGAGUUAAAGGAAUCUUAUAAAGACCUCAAGAGGAAGUUUAACAACUUGAAAUUUAAUCAUGUGAAAAAAAAUGAAAAACUUCGGAAUCUGAAAGUAAUCAGCAAUCAAGUCCAACAAGUUGAAAUGUACAUUGAAAAAAUUGAGAUCUUGAAAAAGAAAACACUUCAGUAUGUGACAAAAGUCAGUACAGUUCGAGAAAAGCAGAUCCCCAAAGCAGAAGUAAAUCCAUUUGAAGAAUCCCUGAAUGAAUUAUUGAAAGAGGUCAAUGAACUUGACAAGACAGUGGAGGAAUACAAACAAAACUUGGAUAAGACUUUGCAUUUGCAGCAGGCAAUGGAAGAGAGCCAGUUCUGGUGCGAUGACACAAGUGGUACAGUAGUUAGAGUUGGAAAGUAUUCUGCUGAGUGCAAGACAAAGGAAGCAGUGGAAAUUCUCCUCAAGCAGUUUGAAAAGUUUGUAUGGCCUACUGUACCGCAACAGGAGGAGCGAAUCCAGCAAAUCACCGAAUUGGCAAAACAACUAUAUGGUCCUGAAGAACCAAAGAAAAUUGUGAAGCAAAUAGUAAGAAAACAUAGUGAAAUCCUUGAAUCAAUAAAGGAACUAAGCAAUGGUUUAAGAGAUCUUGAAUCAAAACUGAACAACGUGACGGAUUCCAAUAAUUUCAUCCAAUCCUCACACGUAGAUCCAGAUUUGCAAAUAACACAUCAAACAAUGGAGCAGCCUGAGCAAGAAAAGGCGAUUAAGGCUUCACCAAAAUCUACUGUGGAGUCAGCUCAAGUGGUAAAAGAGAACAAAGAACUAAAGUUGGCUUCUAUGCAUGUGUCAGACCACUGUCGUGCUCUUGGAUUACCCACAGAAGAUAACCAGGGAAAAACAGAUACAUUGAAGAUCCAAAGAGGCAUAAAUUCUCAGUGUUCUACUGCCAUUUUGACCCAGCCGUUUAAAAUGAAGCUUUCUCAGACAAAAAAAGCUUUCCCUACAAAUUAUUUCUCUGAUACAGAAAGAAGAGUUUUUGCUCUUCAGCUUGCAAAAAACACAGAAGAACACACAAAACAUUCCACUGGAAAUUUUGCAAACCACUCGCAUGUUUCCCAGUCAAAUUUUCCCAAAGAGUGUCAAGUAGAAGAAACUGAAAAUGAAGGAAAAUUGGAUAGUCAGCCCAUCCAAGAACAACAAUUUCCAUACGACCAUGAAAUUUCAAACGUUAACUUGGAUGGAUUCGUGAGCAGUGAAAUCACAGAUUCAGCUGCAGAAGAUCUAAAUUCACAAGAAGCUAUCGAGUUACUUCAUCUUUCCACUGAAGGCAGCACUGUCACAGAGGGAGAUCUACAAAAUGAACUUUCUGCAGAUGAAAUGCUGUCUGUAGAAGAAUAUGAAUGUAUGUCACCCGAUGACAUCUCCUUGCCUCCACUUCCUGAUACUCCUGAAUCAAUUUUCAUGUGUUCUGAAACGGAAGUGGACAAAACCUCCAACCUAAGUUUCCACAGUCUGCACGCUAGGCCAUACAGUGGCCAGCCACAGAAGCAAAUAAGCUGUGGCAGAAUGACUGACACAUUUGAACCUUCAGCACCUGUCACCUCUGCUGAUAAAUGGAAUCUCUCAGGACCAUGCAGUGAAUCAGAAUAUCAUCAGGCAUCUGAUCCAAAUCCCCAUGUUAAACCCUGCACUAAAUACAGAUCUGAGUCUUCCUCUUUUAUUCACAGCCCACUGACAAUCCCUGCCCCGAGUAUUGUUUCAAACACGCUUUCACAUAUUUUAAAAUCCAAGAUGGUACCUAAUUCAUCAGUUUGUGAUUCUAACUGUAAAGUGCAUGAGAGACAACUGCAGACUUAUGACAUGCAUGAGAGUGUAACAACCACCCAGACGUCACUGCAUGAUGCUAAUAACGAUUAUUUUGGAGAAGAAAUUAGUUCUAACAGAAAUAAUUUGUGUACUUUAUCCGGAACACUAACAGUACCCCAAAAUUUACAAAAAUCAGUGAGUGAUACAAGUCACCACACGGAUAUUGUCAUCCACAAAGAAAUCAGACGUACAUCAAGAAAUACAGCCAUGUGCAACCUGGCUUGCACUACUCCCAACUUCUCCAAGUUGAUGUCUAAUGUCAGUGUGGUAGAAGGUUCUCCUGUGACCUUGGAAAUCGAAGUAACAGGACUCCCAGAACCAACUUUGACAUGGUACAAGAAUGGAGAGAAGCUGACAACAGAUCAGCAUGUAAACAUUUCACGAAAGGAAGGCAAACACAUUCUUUACAUUGAGAAGGUUUCUGAUAAAGAUUCUGGUAGUUAUGUUGUGCAAGCUAAAAAUUCUAAUGGUGCUAUCAAUUCCAGUGCUAUCCUUCAAGUACAAGGUAACUGCCAUAUCAAAUGUUUCCAUGUUGACUUCACAGAUUGGUUCACCUGCCUUGGAAUGUUAUGCUUAAUAUACAUUAGCUUGAUUCUUAUGUAUAUUCUGUUAACUUAGCUGAUGUAAAUGUAUAUCACUGCCUCUGUCACUUAAAUGCCUUUCACUGUGUGUCCUGAAAUAUCUGCACUUGCCACAAGCAAUAUUUGAUAUCUUCUAUAAAUUAAUUAAUCUACUGUUGUUGCUGAAUUGAUCAAAAAAUAUUUGUUUAAUGUUGCUCAUUUAACUGAAUUCAUGGAAAACACUAAUUUGAUAAUUUAGUACUUUUGCAGUAAAGUAUAUCUUCAGAAAUUCAACAAGCUGGAAUACUGCUUGUAAUCAAUGACACGCAAGAUAGUAAUAUUGACCAGUUAAGAGGAAAUUAGUAAAAGAACAACAUGCACUGCAGAUUGAUAAAGGAUGAUAACUUGAAUAACCUUUACCAUUGAUGCUUUUAUCUCAUUACAUAGAGCAUUUUAGAAAAUUAUGAUAGCAGUUUCUACAUCUCAGCUCUUAAUAUUUUUGAAAUAGAGGCAUUACCAAAACAUGUAGAAUGGUAACAAUGGAAGAUACAUGAUGAUGAUUCUUUCAUCUUUAAGGUAUGCUUUAGCCACAAAUUGAUGCACAAUUAAUUACUUAUUUCAAAGAUUCCAGUGGCAAGUGGAGCCCAGACCUCUCAACAGUGGAAAUAACAUUUGAGAUCAAAUAGUCCAACAAUACCUCUUGUGUGUGAAAUCAUAUGAUAUCACAAUCCAAAUUCCCAUAGUCAUGUGCAAAGACCAUUUGAAAUAGCAAAAGUGGCAGACUGAGUGGAGAAACAAAAACUUUGAAUUCAAGCGUUGGAGUUAAAAAAAGUGUAUUGUUUUAUCAUGGUUUAUUUAAUGCAAAGAUUCAUAAUGCACUACAACGGCUAUCUUCACUGUUAUUCUUUUGAUAUUUUCUCUGUAAUAAAGAAUCUCCAGAAGCAAACUUUCUAAAAUAGUUAUGGAAACAUAAUUUGCAUUAAAGCAUGCAUGCAAUAAUGUACUGACAAAACAUAAAUGAUCUUUCAUAUUUCGAAUCAUUCAUUAGCAGUUAAAGUUAAGAACAUUUUGUUGUUAUUAUCUUUACAUUUUCAACACUAAUACUGCUAUAAGAUUCAAAUGCACAUUGCCAGAAGCACAUUUUGUUGGGAGAAUCAUAUUAUAGACAAUAGACAAUAGGUACAGGAAUAGGCCAUUCAGCCCUUCGAGCCAGCACUGCCAUUCGAUGUGAUCAUGGCUGAUUAUCCACAAUCAGUACCCCUUGCCUUCUCUCCAUAUCCCUUAACUCCGCUAUCCCUAAGAGCUCUAUCUAACUCUCUCUAGAAAGCAUCCAGAGUACCAGCCUCCACCGCCCUCUGAGGCAGAGAAUUCCACACACUCACAACUCU